AUCAGCAUGACGACUACUACAAAGACAAACUCCUCUUCCUCCUUAACCAUAGCCAUGUUUCCUUGGUUUGCAUUUGGCCACUUUCACUCCUUCCUUCACCUUGCAGACAAGCUUGCCCAGAGAGGCCACUGCAUCUCCUUCUUGAUCCCAUCCAAAGUCCAACCUCAAUUGGAGCAAUUAAACCACCACCCUCACCUCAUCACCUUCGUACCUCUCGUUGUCCCUCAAGUCCCUGGCCUUCCACCUGGGGCCGCAACCAUGUCCGACAUCCCCAUUGCCAUGGGUCCUCUACUUCUCACUGCCAUGUCUCGAAUGCAAGACCAGGUCGAAGCUGCUCUCAACUCAAUCCAACCCAACUUAAUCUUCUUUGACAUUGCUCACUGGAUUCCACCCUUGGCCCACCGCUUUGGCAUUGCCUCCAUCCACCACUGCACCGUUUGGGCCUCGUCUGUGGCUCACCAUUUGGUCCCCACACGUAAUAUAAGAGAAGGUCAAUACUACACCGAGCUGAUGCAUCUUUUGCCUGGCUUCCCUUCUUCAUCUCUUCAACUACACACAUACGAGGGUCGCCAAAUUAUGGAAAUGAUGACUAGAGACUACCUCCAUGAAAUGACAUUCUAUGACGUCAUCAUGGCCUCCAUGAGGGAUUGUGAUGCCAUCUCUUUUAGGACUUGUAGCGAGGUUGAGGGUCCUUACUGCGACUACUUGAAGACCCAGCAUGGGAAGCGGAUCUUACUGGCCGGACCGUCGUUGCCUGACCCACCCAUCUCCAAGCUAGAAGAAAAGUGGGAGAAAUGGCUGGGAGGGUUCGAGAAUGGAUCUGUGGUGUAUUGCGCACUUGGGAGCGAGUGGGUUCUCAAGAAGGAGGAGUUACAAGAGCUGGUGCUGGGUCUAGACUCCAUUGGGCUUCCUUUCUUAGCUGCACUGAAACCUCCAUUUGGUUGUGAGACGGUGGAAGAAGCAUUGCUUGAAGGGUUCAAAGAAAGGUUGGAAGGAAGAGGAGUGGUUCAUGGGGGUUGGGUACAACAGACGUUGAUAUUAGGGCACCCAUCGGUGGGGUGUUUUAUAACACAUUGUGGGGGAUCUUCUACUUGGGAAUCAUUGAUGAAUGAUUGUCAAGUGGUGGUGUUACCUCAAAUAGCGGAUCAGUUUUUUAAUGCGAGGUUGUUGAGUGGAGAUCUGAAGGUCGCUGUGGAGGUGGAGAGAAGGGAAGAGGAUGGAUGGUACACCAAGAAGGACGUGUGUAAGGCGGUGAAUCUCGUGAUGGAAGAAAAUAGCACGAUUGGAAGUGAAGUGAGAGCCAACCACUCCAGGUGGAAGGACGUGUUGUUAAGGCCAGCCCUCGAGUCUUCCUAUCUAGACAGUUUCGUGCAGAACCUGUUUGAUAUAACAAACCCCCUCCGUCACCCUUACACUACUACAUAA